GGAAGCCUAGGCUCGUGUUGGACGGCUUCAUUGUUGUUGUGUAACUCACCGAUACAGUACAGUCCCACUCUAGAAUCAGCCGAGACCACAUCUACUUACACUCCCUAGAUCCAAGAUGGCGGCUUUAUAGACCCUCACAAUGUUCACAAUCGAGAAAAGUUCCGUCUCACAGGGACCUCUUCGGCUGAGAAGAGUGACACCUCCACCACCCGUUCAGUUCUCCACCAGUCAAAGCAGAGAAAAGCUGUCGGGGAACCAAUCCAGUGGAAACACCUGCACGCCCGGCCUGACUCUAACUUGGCGAGAUCUCUCCGUGUACGCUAAGAUAAAAAAGGAAAGCCUGUUCAAGUCCUCUUCCACAGAGUACAGGAAGAUCAUCAACAAUGUUUCAGGGGCUGUACCGCCUGGCACUCUUGUUGCAUUGAUGGGAGCAAGUGGAGCUGGAAAAAGCACACUUAUGGCAGCCUUGGCCUACCAAACCACAGCUGCGAUGGUGGUGGACGGAGACAUCCGCGUCAAUGGCCGACCCCUCGGACCUUACAUGCGGAACAUCUCCGGUUUCAUGGACCAGCAGGACCUCUUCAUUGACAGCUUCACUGUAACAGAGUACCUUCGCUUUAUGGCUCGACUAAAGUUGGACAGACGCACAAGUGUAGAGAGACGGGAAUUCAUCAUCAUCCAACUGCUGAAGAUCCUGGGCCUGACUCACUGCUCAGAUGCGCGAAUCGGAACUCCUGGCUCUGACAAGACAGUGCUCUCCGGGGGUGAAAGGAAGCGUUUGUCCUUCGCAACAGCUUGUCUGACGGAUCCCUUGCUGCUGUUCUGCGACGAACCAACGACUGGCCUGGACUCGUACAGUGCUGCCACCAUUGUCACAGCCUUGCAAGGGAUGGCUGCUGCUGGCAAGACUGUCGUCUGUACCAUCCACCAGCCCGGCAGUGAACUGUUCACCAUGUUCCAACAGGUCAUCUUGGUCGCUGACGGCCGCAUCGCAUACAUCGGCACUUCUUCAGGUGCCCUUGACUUCUUCCAGAGUUUGGGCUACUCGUGUCCUGAGGCGUACAAUCCAGCUGAUUAUAUGAUCCACACGCUAGCUCCAACUCCUGGUUCCGAAAUUAGCAGUCGUCGAGCCGUACGCCACAUCUGCGACCAGUUUGCCGUCACUGACCAUGCGCGUGAGGUGGACCUACAAAUCUCCUUCCAGCACCAGAUGGGCGCCGCUUUCGAUGAAAUUCUGGACACCAAUCUAAAAUCAUAUAAAAAACCGUUGGGAAUCUGGAAGCUCUGGUGGCUGACGUCUCGUUGUCUGUUGGAGGUGUUACGAGACCCCAAACUUCAACAGAUCAGGAUAAUGCAAAAAAUUGUUAUAGCUGUGAUGGUGGGCCUGUGUUUCGUCGGCAGUCUACAUCUGACGCAGAGUGGAGUGCAGGCAACGCAGGGUGCCCUGUUCAUGCUAGUCACCGAGAACACGUUUGGUCCGAUGUACGCGGCACUCAACCAGUUCCCUGCAGAGUUACCGUUGUUCCUCCGCCAUUACCGUAGUGGACUUUACUCCCCCCUCGUCUACUACUUGGCUAAAACUAUUGCUAUUAUCCCGGGACUGGUGGUGGAACCUGUGAUAUUCACUGGUAUUCUGUACUGGCUGGUCGGAUUACAGGACACAGUCUACGCCUUCUUGAUGACAUCGUUCAUUGUCACAUUGUGUAUCAACGUAUCCACAGCCUGUGGGUGCUUCUUCUCUGCAACAUUUCAGUCAGUUCCAAUGGCGAUGGCGUAUCUCGUACCGUUCGACUAUAGUAUCAUGAUUACCUCUGGAGUUUUCAUCAAACUAAACACACUCAGCCCUUUGGUCAAUUGGGUACAGUACAUUUCCUGGAUGAUGUACUCAAACGAAGCAAUGACCAUUAUCCAAUGGCAGAACAUUCAGAAUAUAACCUGUGACGAGGACAGACCUCAGCUGCCUUGUCUCCACUCUGGCCAGGAAGUCUUGGACCGCUACAGCUUCUCUGCGGACAAUUUGUGGCGAGACAUCUAUGCCCUAUGCAUCCUCUUCAGCGCAUUCCACAUUCUGGCCUACUUCGGGCUCUUACGACGAAUUAAACACAGCUUAUGAUACA